AUGCCCGUAUCUUUGGUCCUCGUCAGCUCUCGCCGUCUUUGUUGACCAUCGACGGCUUCCUCUUCAUCCUUUCUUCCCUCCAAAAACCCUAAACCCUCCUUCCAUCUGCUCCCCGUCUCGCAGCUCCACCUCCGCCACCUUCUCCUCCUCCAAAAUGCUAUCUUUAACAUUAACGGCCCCCUUUAUCUCCACCACCCGAUCCCCCUACACUCUUCCUCGCCGUCCUCUCCUCAUCCGCGCUCGCACCCAAGAGAUCGAAACACCUCAGCCGCCGCCUAAGUCAGAUCUCUUACCCAAGCUAAACCGCUACAGCUCCCGCAUCACCGAGCCCAAAUCCCAGGGCGGAUCUCAGGCCGUGCUCUAUGGCGUUGGGCUCUCCGACAACGAUAUGAAGAAGCCGCAGGUGGGGAUCUCCUCAGUUUGGUACGAGGGAAACACCUGCAACAUGCAUCUGAUGCAGCUUGCUGCGGCGGUUAAGGACGGGGUGAGAGAGGCGGGAAUGUUCCCGUUUCGAUUCAAUACUAUUGGUGUAAGUGAUGCUAUAUCAAUGGGAACAAGAGGAAUGUGCUAUAGUUUGCAGUCGAGGGAUCUGAUUGCGGACAGCAUUGAGAGCGUCAUGGCGGCGCAGUGGUAUGAUGCCAAUAUUUCGAUUCCGGGGUGUGAUAAAAAUAUGUCUGGUACAAUUAUGGCAAUGGGACGGCUCAAUCGACCUAGUCUCAUGAUAUAUGGUGGAACGAUAAAGCCUGGUCAUUACAAUGGAAAAACAUUUGAUAUAGUAUCUGCAUUUCAGUGCUAUGGCGAAUAUGUCAGUGGUUUGAUCACCGAUGACGAUAGAAUGACUGUUUUGCGUAAUUCAUGCCCUGGAGCUGGGGCUUGUGGUGGCAUGUAUACUGCAAAUACCAUGGCUUCCGCUAUCGAAACAAUGGGCAUGACACUCCCCUACAGCUCAUCGACGCCUGCUGAGGAUCCCUUGAAGUUAGACGAGUGUCGUGUAGCAGGAAAAUAUAUGUUUAAUUUGUUAGAGAUGGACUUAAAGCCUAGAGACAUCAUAACCGAAAAAUCACUACGUAAUGCAAUGGUUGUAGUCAUGGCUCUUGGUGGGUCGACAAAUGCGGUGUUACAUUUGAUUGCUAUUGCUAGGUCUGUAGGUUUGCAUUUGACUCUUGAUGAUUUUCAGAAGGUCAGUGAUGCAGUUCCUUUCCUUGCUGAUCUCAAGCCUAGUAGUAAAUAUGUAAUGGAAGACUUGCACAAGAUCGGGGGAACACCUGCGGUGAUUCGUUACCUCUUAGAAGAAGGAUUUUUGGAUGGAGAUUGUAUUACUGUCACGGGGAAGACUCUUGAAGAAAACAUGAAGUUUGUUCCCUCUUUAGCUGAAGGGCAGCAAAUAAUACGUCCCGUUGGGAACCCCAUCAAAGCAAGUGGGCAUAUUCAAAUACUGUAUGGGAAUCUUGCUCCAGAGGGAUCUGUUGCUAAAAUUACUGGCAAAGAAGGAUUAUAUUUUUCCGGUCCUGCUCUUGUUUUCGAAGGCGAGGAAUCCAUGAUUGCAGCUAUUUCUGAAAAUCCUAUGAACUUUAAGGGCAAAGUAGUUGUUAAAAGAGGAGAGGGGCCGAAGGGUGUUCCAGGAAUGGAGUGUGCAUUGCUGACUGAUGGUAGAUUUUCUGGUGGAUCACAUGGAUUUGUUGUCGGUCAUAUAUGCCCUGAAGCGCAGGAUGGAGGACCGAUUGGGCUGAUCCAAAAUGGUGAUGUAAUUACAAUUGACAUUAACAAAAGAAGAAUAGAUGUUCAGCUUUCUGAUGAGCAGCUUACUGAGAGAAGCAGAAAAUGGAGCCCCCCUCCUUACAAAGCAACACGAGGAGUUCUUUUACAAUUAUUUUUCUCCCCUGCCUCUUAUAUUAAAAGUGUUCAAUCAGCUUCUAGAGGAUGUGUGACAGAUGAAUAG